AAUGUCAUCGUCGUACUUACAAAUGUCAAAUAUUUGACAAAUCGGCAAUGAUUUCGUGGCUGAAAACAAAUCGCGGCCUAAAAUAUUAAUUAAAUUGCUGUAUUAAUGUUAAAUUUAGACUAGAAUCUGCGAAUAUAACAGAUAAAGAUGGGUGUAGCAAUAAGCAGAUAUUCGGAGCUGUCUUCCAAUGAGCUUCUGACGAGGUUCUGUUCGUCUGAGGUCAUCUGCCCGAAUGAUCCGUUCUGGAACCAGUUGCUCGCCUUCAAUAUCAAUCCACCGAGUAGUGCUGAUGAACAGCUUAUGUUCGAUGGCAGCACGGAGGCUUUACUUCAGAAGUUCCUGCAGAAUAACCCUCAGACUGGCAACCUUGGAUCCCUGGUGCAGGUGUUCAUCACCAGGGCUACGGAACUGCUGGCAGCUCCCAAUAGUGACAAUGUGAUGCUAGCAUGGCAGACCUUCAACGCCCUCUUCGUGAUUCGAGCAGUCAGCAAGUAUCUGGUUGAAAUGGUGCCUGAGUAUGAACUCUGCCGGCAUUUGGACGUUCAAGCUGAGAGGAGGGUCGGCAAUGGACCCGUUGAAAGUAGAGAAGGAAAUGAUACCACGCCAUCACAAGAAACAUCCCCAUCACCUCUGGCGACCCCCACAAGUCCUGAAGCCCCGGAGCCGCCCACAUCCCCCAAAUUAACCGGCUCUGAGAGCCGGGUGGAAAUGCUCAUUGACGCACUCAUUGGGCUUAUCAUUGAUGUUCCUGUCACUGACAACACAUACUAUCUACACUUGGAAUGCAUCAACACAAUGCUAGUUCUGAUGUCGGUGUAUAUGUUCGCUGGAGUCCACGGACAAACGCGUCUUGUGGACACCUCGCUGAUAUACAGGACGUUAUUCCAAGGUCGUUACGGGAUGCACGCCCCGCUACUAGUGAAGACUUUACUGAAUAAUCUAUCAAGCAUGUUACCUGCUCCUCCGAGUAUGUUCGGAGCUCACGCUGCUGGGGGCAGUCUGCUUAUUAACUUGGCUUCCGGCCUAUGGAACAUGAUAACUUUCAACACAGCAUCCCGACAAACAAUCUACACACAUCCCCCUCUAGACAGACAGGAGUUACAAGAGCGAGUCAAAAAGGAGCACCCUGUAGCUAACCAGUCGUGCCUCCUUCUGUUGACGUUGGCUAACCAUUGUAUGAACGAUGAUAACUUGUAUAGAAAUGCUCUGCUGUGCUGUGAGGAUACUGCAGAAACUUCAGCCCCGACGCCGCAGCGGGAAUCAAAUGGUGGACCACAGCUAACUCCUCCUAGAAUCGACAUGGCUGCCCUACACAAAGCUCUAUGCGCGACAGCGGGCUGCGAGCACUCCACACUACUCCUAUAUCUAAUGCUACACUCGUGCAACACGUACAAACGACAUAUAAGCAAUGUGGCGCAGAUUGAUCAGUUGAUAGUGCCGAUCCUACAAGUGCUAUAUAACGCGCCGGACAACAACGCACAUCACAUAUACAUGUCGCUAAUAGUUCUGCUUAUAUUGACAGAAGACGAUGCACUUAUCAAAAAUGUUCAUACUAUUAUGUUAAAAAACCUAACCUGGUACACAGAGAGAGCUAUUUCAGAGAUAUCUCUAGGCGGUCUGAUGGUGCUAGUAAUAUUGCGAGCGUUACAAUACAACAUGGUGCGAGUCAGAGACAAAUAUCUGCACACCAACUGCCUAGCCGCCAUCGCUAACAUGAGCUGUGAAUUCAGGAAUCUUCACCCGUACGUGGCCCAAAGGUUAAUAUCGCUGUUUGAAACUUUAACUAAAAGAAGAGCAAGGCUUUGGAACGAGGUUGAAGGUGGCGAUUUAAAUAACGUGGACUUACCACAUCACACAGAAGAGAAGACAGAGGAAAUGAUGGACCACAUAUCAGUACUCGACGAAGUCCUAAGGAUGCUACUAGAGAUAAUAAACUCUUGCGUCGCUCACCAGUUGACGAAUAACUGCAAUGUAGUGUACGCGUUGUUGCACAAGCGACAUCUAUUCACUCAGCAUACGCAUCAUCCAGUUGCGCAGAAUAUUGAUAUGGUAAUAGGUUAUUUCUCAACGCGUUUGCAACGCGUUCAGGAAGGUGCAGGCGGUGACUUGGGCGUAACCGAAGUAUUGCAGUGCAUUAAGAAAGGAGCUGAGCAAUGGUCUAGCGAUAGACUAAAGAAAUUCCCCGACCUAAAAUUCCGUUACGUCGAAGAGGAGAGACCAGAAGAAUUCUUCACUCCCUACGUGUGGAGCCUGGUGAGCUCCUGUGGCGGAGUGUACUGGGCCAGUGAGGGGGGGGCGAGGGCUUUGGGAGACCUCCUCGCUUGCUGAUCGACGAACUGUGUAAUAUAUGAUGUCGUGGUCAAGACGCUUAUGUGCCGAUGGGGUUAAACGAUAAAAUAUAUGUAUUGUAUUGUAAAAUGGCUAAUAAAUUGUUACUGUAAUGA